AUGAAUGAUGGUGUCGAGUUCUCCCGCCACGCCACCGGCAUGGAAGGUCCGAGGGUUAAGAGGAGGAAGCUGGAACAAACAGAGUGUGCAGCUCAGGGCUCUGCCACAGACGCACUGGCAGGCAUACUACCAGAGUCCACAGGGCUAGUUGAUCACAGGCACGACGUGUGCUUUGGAAUGAUCAAAAUCGAGGUGAAAACCAUGAAGCCGGAUGCUUUGGGAGGCGACGGCGAGGAUUUCGUCGAGAUCUCACUCAAUAUUGAGGAGGACCAGCUUAUCGCUCGCAACAUAGGGACCCAAAAAUACGGAGCCUGGCUAAUCCGCAACGAUGCUUCGACGCGGAAAAAGCCUGUAUACGAGCUAUUCAUAGUCAUCUACGGCAUGUUCAGCCAAAAAGAUGCCAUCGGUAACGCAUUGGACGGCGCAGAACUGUUUCUCCAGGAUCCCCCAGACCAAAUAAGAGGCGAUCACUCUGUGCAAUAUUUCAACCCUCAUCGCCUGUACAACCCAGCGCUCAGUGAUGGUGGGAACUUACCUCACGAGCAUGCAGCUGGUGUUCCAGUCAAGGUUAUGAAACAGCAGAAAAUCCUCUGUGAAACAGAUCUUUUAAAGCCAAGAAUUCGAGAGGUCAUGGAUUCGGCAUGUGGCCCUCAGUAUUUCAUUGCAAGGCAACAGAGCCCACGUGUUCGCACCAGACUUAAGCAAUACAAGAACACUGUCACUGGAUCUGUGCAGACCGACUUUCCAAAACUCUGCUACGGUGGUAUUCUUGCCGAUGAUAUGGGCCUGGGAAAGACGCUUACGGCUAUUUCCCUGAUUGCAGCGUCGAAAGACUCAUUCGAUAUUAGUGUGGAUGGCUCUUUAUUGCCCCAUACGACUCUGAUUGUGACACCAUUGUCCCUGCUUCAGACGUGGGAGGAGCAGAUAUUGAAUCACGUCCAUCCGGGGCAACUAUCGUACCACAAAUAUUAUGGAGCUUCCAAGGGCGACAUCUCAUCACUCAAGGAAUACGAUGUUGUCUUGACAACUUAUGACACUGUGUCAAACGAGAGGUCGAAAAAGAGGACUGAUACUGUUGCGGGCCUCGGUCUCGGAUCUACUGAGUGGCUACGUGUGAUUCUCGACGAAGCCCAUGUGAUUCGAAAUCGGUCUACGAAACGGUUUCGAGCCAUCCACGCCCUGCAAGCUCGCUUCCGCUGGUGUCUCACAGGGACACCGAUCUUCAACCGAGUCGAAGACCUGGGCUCCUUGAUGGGAUUCCUUGGGGUUCAUCCAUUUGAUUCGUCCUCCACAUUCAACUCCCGGAUCUCAAAUCCUGUGGUUAAGGGAACGCUGAAUGGGCUGGAGACACUGCGGAAGCUCGUAUAUGCUACAGCCUUGAGGAGAACCAAAGACUCGGUCCAUGACGAAUUGAGCCUCCCUGAGCGAAGAGUUGUCCAAGAGCUAGUACAUUUGACCGGAGAAGAGCGAAAGAAUUACAGUGUGCUCAAAUCCAGUUACGCCUCCAUCCUCCACGAAGAUGAUGGGGUGGUUGUUCCCCGCCGCUUUACAGCUUCCAUCAUGCAGACAAUAGCGCGGCUACGACAAUUCUGUGACCAUGGGCUCGAUCUACUGCCGAGGAAAGUCCACCAACUGUUUGAUGAUCGCACGACUACGGAGAGGGUUUCGCGUAAUCUCUUCGACGCAUUGGAAGCUUGUGCUGUUUGUCGAACCCCAGUCAACGAAGACAGCCCGAAUCAGGAAUCUCUUGAUUGUGGACAUUAUAUGUGCUCCCGGUGCCAGAAACAGAGUUCAGAUGAGGAGAUACUGGUCGACAUUGUGUGCAAGCUCUGCGAUCAAGAUACGGCAAAAUCAGGUUCAAGCAGUCCGUACCCAAGCGUGCAAUUCACUGCAGCCACGAGCAAUUACAUGCCAUCGUCAAAAGUUCAGGCAUUGCUUCAAAACCUGAUUUCAGAGCGUCAAAGUUGUCCCUAUCAACCAAUUAAGAGCGUUGUCUUCUCUUGCUGGACCAAGAUGCUCGAUUUGAUACAAAAGGCCUUGAUUAUCCAAGGCCUGGACUUUGUGAGGAUCGAUGGUAGCAAGACAGAAAAAGCACGCAGGGAGGCCAUCGCGAGAUUCAGAGGCGAUCAUAGUUGUGGGAUCCUCUUGGCCACCAUUGGAAGUGCUGGUGUUGGACUUGAUCUCACUGUCGCCAGUCGUGUCCAUAUCAUCGAGCCUCAAUGGACCCAAACCGCCGAGAAUCAAGCCAUAGAUCGCGUCCAUCGACUAGGCCAGACUCAGGAUGUCAUUGCCACACGCUAUAUUGUGAAGGAUAGCAUCGAGGAGUACGUCUUGACAGUACAAGAUAGGAAGGCUACCGUCAUGCGUCAGGCAUUCGAGAUCGAUGGCGUGGAAAACGCGAUGAGCGCACGAGAAAGGCUCCUUAAGUAUCUUGCGUAA